AUGGUUGUAGCAACACUACAAGACACGACAACAGAUAUGGAAACUUCAAUGACAACAACGUCAACUGGAUUGGAGACAACACGGGGAGCAUCAAUAACUGUAUCAUUCACCCUGCAAACAACAGAACGAGAUCACAGGAAUUUUCUAGCUUGGGGAAAAUUUGAGUACACAUUGUUCGAAACCAUAGAGGACAACCACGACAGAAAUCUAACAUCUCCUGGAUACCCGGCAAACUAUCCAAACAAUGCUAAUUAUACCUGGAUAAUUAAACCAGGAUACCUUGCAUACAUUUAUUUCGUCAUUUUCUUCACGGAUAUCAAAAGUUCGCAGACAAAUCAAUGUAACGACGACUAUCUGCAGAUUACAGAGAUUGAUCCAUGCUGCCACACGCCACUAAAGAGAUGUGGUCAAUUUAAUAACAUUUCUAUAUUAACCAAAGGAAAUAAAAUUCGGGUGUCUUUUGUAUCAGAUAGAAGUGAAACAGGGAAAGGAUUUUUACUGUUUUGGAAUGUAUCUUUCAUACCAUCAAGUUCACCUUUAACAACAACGAGCCAAAAACAGAUAACGACGUUACAACAAGGCACGACAACUGAUGUGAAAACUUUGAUGACAACAACGUCAACUGAAUUGGAGACAACACGGGAAGCAUCAACAACGGUAUCACUCCCGCUGCAAACAACAACAGUACGAAGAAAUCACAGAAUUUUUCUAGUUUACAUUUUCGUGGUCAGUGGUGUAAUAGUGGUUGGACUCUUAUUUGGCCUGGGAUGUUUGACAAAACAAGGAUGCUGUAUUAGGAGAGCUGCAUCCAUUAAGUUAACUGAAAAAGACAGAAUAUCAUCCAACGAGAAUGACUUAAACCCAGUUCCUAUCUACUCUAGUGCUCAAGAGGCAGAAACUGUUCUUUAUGAAGACAGUCGGGACGGUGUUUAUAUGGAAUACCCCGAGGGUGUGUACGACACGCCAUUUGUGAAGCGACCUCAUGUAGAACAGAGUAAUCAAAACAUUUAUGCCAUUUGUAAAGAUUUAGUACUUUAGUUGUUUUUAUAACUUGGUCAAUAUGCUAUUAUUUUUGUUAAAAAUAUAUACAUGUAUUCAUUUAGUGAUCUUUGUUCUGUUCAAAGAUACUAGGAAAUGAGGA